GAAGCAACUGUGGAGUUUGUCGACAAAAGGCAAGAGUCCUGCCUCCAUCGACGGCUCCACCAAUCCCAGCGUGUGGAGCAGACGAGCCUUCAGCAGCCUUCCCCAAAUCUACUCUUAAAGCCCACAAGACAAGAUCGUGUGACAGCAGCGUAAUACUACAGAGACGAGAGCAUGAUCUGCCAGGAGACGCUUCAUGUCUCAAGGGCACAUUUAACGGCUAAUGAAGCAUUCUUCAGCAAAAGAGAAACGGAUCGUACUCGAACUUUAAACACCAAGGAUUAAUGCGAGUGAUUUAAAGAGACUGAAAACCUGAAUCAUUCAUAGCAGGGAACUGUACAAGUGGUCGCCGCACUUUGAACAGGCAGUAGCCAGGAAUGGUGGAUCACUUGCUGCUCGCUGAAGAGACUUUCUUUUCUUACAUUUAUUUGCUGCCAGCCCACAACCCAUCGGAUAUGGUGACAGACGAGGGGGUGUACCAUAUGCUUCCAUCACCAUUCUCAGAGGAUAACCUGAGUGACUCAUCUAGCCAACGUUCCUGUUCCAGCCCCGAGUCUCAGGUGUUGGGCUCUAGUUGUGGGAGUAACUCAAGUGGAGAAAGUCAAGAUGGCCUCCUUGACUUCCUUCACUCUCAGUCCCUAAUUGUGAGCCAAAGCUCGCCCUCCUCAACCAUGGUGUCUCCCAUGGUCCCUCCUGUUCUUCCCAUGGGUCUGGCUUGGGAGUCACGACGGGACCGCACCACCAAAGAGGAGUGCUUUGAGUUCCCUGUUUUCCCUGGAGAUUUGGAGGACCAUGCGGGGCUACUGUUUCAGCCCACUCUGGAGGAGAUCGAGGAGUUUCUGGAGGAGAACAUGGAAGUGGUGGCCUUGAAAGAGGAAGCUGGAGAGGGUCUAGUGACCUGUGAAAGCAUCCAAGGACCUGCAUCAGAACCUUGGGCUCAAAACUUAGACCAAACAGUGCCUGUCUCAAGUGACAAAGUUGAUGCCAACUCUGAUCCUAAAAAUUUACAAUCCGCAGUAGGGGCCUCCACAAAUCCUCAAAACACGUUGAAAAAGGAGGACUCUUCUGGGAAGGUAGUGAUGGUGGAAAGUCCUAGCAUGCCCGUGAUCCUACAGCUCCAGCCCAUUCAAGUGAAACAGGAAUUGAGCCCUAAAACUGCCCCCUCGACACCAACACCUCAACCUGCCUCAGACAUCAAAAUAACCCAGCUCCUUGUCAACAUCCAGGGUCAAACCUUCGCCCUGGUUCCUCAGGUGACCCCACCGGCCAGCCUUAACAGCUCUUCCUCCAAGUUUGUCCGUAUUGCCCCAGUUCCCAUUGCCGCUAAGCCCUUAGGUCUAGGGGAGAAUGGAACAGUUGAUGACCAGGGAACAGGACUUGUAGCGGGGGCUCACAAAUUCCAGAAGAGUUCGGUAGCUGAUCUUAUUAAAAUGCACAAGUGUUCUUUCCCUGGCUGUGCCAAGAUGUACACCAAGAGCAGUCACCUAAAGGCGCACCUGAGGAGACACACGGGUGAGAAACCAUUUGCCUGCACUUGGCCUGGCUGUGGCUGGAGAUUCUCCCGGUCGGACGAGCUGUCACGGCAUCGCCGGUCUCACUCUGGAGUUAAGCCCUACCAGUGCCCCGUCUGCGAGAAGAAAUUUGCCCGCAGCGAUCACCUGUCCAAACACAUCAAAGUCCAUCGCUUUCCACGAAGCAGCAGGACAGCGCGCACUGCACACUGACCCCACACAACCUCCCGCCAGAUAGAAAGAAUGAACAAACAGAAGAAAGAGAGAAAGACAGAUUCAUUUGUGGUACUGUGAUAAUUUAUUACGUGAGGCUCGGAUGAACUGAAGAAGAGUUUGUUCUGAAACUGUUACUUGACGCGUCGGCCUCACAGCUGUUGCAAGCUUCGUAGAUUGUAUUUUUGUGGCGUUCAUGAUUGUUUUCUAUGUUUCGAGAACAAUUGUCUUUUUUUUGCAACGUAAUGUUCAAAGCAUUUUUUUGUUGUGCUUUGAGGUAUGAAUUGUUGAUGUAUCUGCCAGUCAUCAACAUUCCUUGUUCAAAAUCACGGUAAAGUCGCUUCUUUUUGUCAACGUAACGUGUUUAGCUCCUCUAAACCAAAAAAACUCGGGUUCAUUUGAACUACUGAUCAUUGGUAGGACUGUGCCAUUAUAAGCUAUUGGCAAACAUAGAGGCUUUUCCUCUUGACUUUCAGUUGUAUGCUAGCAAACUGUGAAACGCCUCUCGGACAGACCAUAGAGCGAAUCAACGGAAGUCAAAACAAGCACAUUUGACUUAUGUGAAUGGGCCUUCUGAUCAGUAUUGAAUUUUUUCUUGAUGUUUUAGCUGAUAAUACAAAACCUUUAUUCAUUCAUUUUUUUGUCAUUGGUUGCUUUCAUCAUAAAAAAUGAAAACAAGAUACCUUCUGGGCCUUUCUCUAAUCUAAAUGUUUGCAGCUGGGGCCAAGGCAUCUGUGGUUAAGUGUUUGCGGUUAGAAGAUAUUUUCGACAGCAAUGCAACACAUUUCAUAUCUGAGAAAUCCGACAAUACAAGUCAGUAAGCUGAUAGCUAAGCUAGGUCAAUACAGACGAUCAAACCUGUUCUAACCUGCCUCAAACAGUCCUUUUGACCUGGGACUAUCUGCCAAAAUGUCUCUGCGAGACGAGCUUGAAUGACAGAAACUGGAAUUGCAAGGUGCUAACUGGUCUCAACUGCGAGCUCCUGUACAGGGGACGCUUGCAGGUCAAAUCCUCCUGCUUGGGAAAUGUAGUCUGGGACGCAUCUGGAGUUCAAAGAGGACAUUCUUCAUGGGAACUGUAGUCAUGAACACAGCUUGACUACUGAUAGGGCAUGCUGACUAUGUGUUCGCUAAAGAAUGCGUGUAAUAUCCAGUGGGGUACUGAUAGUUAAUGCUAAUAUUUAACAAAAUUAUACCGGGUUGUAUAAUUGGAUUGGAUUUUGAGGAGAGCUUUGGAACAAGCUUGACAAUGCAAUCUGUUCUAUACAGUCAGUUUUUGCCUAAACAAAAGCCCAAAUGGAAACAACUACAACGUUACCCAGAGUGCCUCAGGUGAUGAAUCAACUCAUUGCUCUUUGUACUGCCCCAACAGGCACAACAGCCGCCCGGCACCUAUAGAUGCAUUCACAUAUAUAAACACACAUUUAGUGUGAUGACAGGAACUCAUCUCUUCUGGUUCUCUACUUGCUCUAUGAGUUGACUGUGGUUUGGAGGAACGCGUAGAAAUGAUUAUGGUAUCGUUUUGCUGCUCUGCUUAUAAUAUUUAGCAACUGUUGUGGUCAGGAAAUCCGAUCUCAGAUCAGAUAUUGCAGAAUGAGAAGAAACCAGAACCACUCAGACCUCUCGCAGACCAGAUGAGUCCUGUAGGAAUGAAGGAAACACAUCUGUAUGCAUACAGUAUAUGGAUGUUUUGCAGCUGUUUGUGCCUGCUUAACAUACAAACCAGUGCCAUGGAGGAUCUCUCCAGACAUGUUUUUGUUGCUCUCUGAAAGAGGUAGCCAUGCGUGAUUGGUUCUUUUAAAGCCCCACUCAUUUAAAAGUUAUUAAAAAUACAUCACAAGUAACACAGACACCCAGGCGGAGGUUGCGUACUGUUAGCGUUGCAUUCCUUGCCGUCUACAUGAAAUUCUUGGUGAAACUGGUGCAUAUGGCCAACGUUGAAUGUAUGUAUACUGUAUGUACAGACUUUGUACAAAAUGUCGUUGGAUCAGAUAUUACCAGAGUACCGGAUAUUCUUCUACUGACGUGGCUCACGUCUUUGAUUGUAUAAAUGUCCCCUGUAAAAUGUAAACCAAUGUACAUAAUAACAAUUCAAUAUAUAUAUAUAUAUAUAUAAAUAUUAUAUAUUUUUCUUGAUAUACAU